UACACCUGCCAUGAUUCCCUUCCAUUCAUUCCAGGAAGAGCUUUGCCAUUACCAUUUCCAUUGCCAUCACCAUGGCUGCCACUCCCGUCUCCCCGGUGUUCCCAGACCUUCCCUUGAUGGCUCACGAUGACAGCAACCGCUUUGCCGUGCAGGAUCAACUGUCACUCCCAUAUAUCACACAAAUCCUCAUGGAGGAGGAGGAUGACGUUGAUGAAGAUAACCCUGCGCUCCUCAAAGCCCAGCAGCCCUUUGCCCAAAUCCUCUUUCCAGCAUGCAUGCCUCCACCUUAAUGGCGGACAAAGGCAGCGCCUUGGCCAGUGACGUGCACUCUCCCAGCUCGGCCAUCUUCAAGUUCAAGGGUGUUGAUGAGGUCCGCAGCUUGCUGUUGCUCGCCAAUGGAGAGUACAACACUCACAUCUUUAGCACUGCUUUCCUCAAGGGCAUGGAAGAGGCGAAGAAGUUGUUGCCCACAAACUGUGAGCUGACGGCCACCGGUGAGCAGGACCAACCGAAAGAGAAAAGUGGCAUCGGCCACAAGGACUCGAGCGACGAGGUGGAGGCUGAUGUCAGUAGGACGAACAGAUUAGUCGAAGCUCGUGCCUGCGAGGUGUUCGACUUCGAUCAAAUGUGCAGUUCCAUGGACAAUGAGUCUGGGAACAGUAACAAGAAGGGGAGAAAGAGCAAGGCGCGGGUGAUUGACCUGCACACGCUGCUGAUCCACUGUGCCAAGGCGGUGGUGGAUGACCGCCGGAGGGCAGGUGAGUUGCUCAUGGAGAUCCAGCAGUACGCCUCACCCAUUGGUGACGGCACACAGCGGCUUGCCUACUGGUUCGCUGAGGGUCUGGAGUCAUGGCUCACCGGCACAGGCAGCCAGGUGUAUGGGAUGCUUACCGCGAAGGCUACCUCUGCCAUGGCGCACUCAGAGGCUUACCAAGUAUUCAUUUCAACGUGCUGCUUCAGGAAUGUAUCCUUCUUGUUCGCCAACAGGGCCAUCUUCAAUGCGGCAGUGGGGAGGAGCAGGUUGCACAUCGUUGAUUAUGGCUUUUCUUAUGGAUUCCAGUGGCCAGAACUUCUGCGCUGGCUGGCAGCAAGGGAUGGUGGCUCGCCAGAAGUCAGGAUCACCCACAUCGACCUCCCGCAGCCCGGACUCCACCCAGGAAAACAUAUGGAGGAGAUCGGUAAUCGGCUGACUGAUAUUGCCCGAGAGCUUGAUGUGCCAUUCAAAUACCGUGCCAUCUUGGCAGAGUGGCAGACCGUUUGCAUCGAGGACCUGGACCUGGAACCGGAUGAGGUGCUUGCUGUGAAUGACCUGUACAACUUCAGGACCUUAAUGGAUGAGUGUGUCGUCAUGGGCAGCCCGAACCCCCGCGAUGUUGUCCUCAGCAACAUCAGCAAGAUGAAACCGGACGUGUUUGUCCAAAGCACCGUGAAUGGCUCCCAUGGCACCUUCUUCUUGUCACGGUUCCGAGGGGCCCUCUUCUUUUACUCUGCACUGUUUGACAUGCUUGAUGCAACCAUGCCACGGGAGAGCAAACUGCGACUGGCGCUGGAGCGCGCCGUCUUUGGGUGGGUUGUCCUGAAUGCCAUCGCAUACGAGGGAAAGGACCGGGUGGAGCGUGGUGAGACCUAUAAGCAUUGGCAAGUCAGAAACCAACGGGCAGGCCUGAGGCAGCUGCCACUGGACAGUGAAACUGUUAAGAUGGCUAGGGACAUGGUAAAGAAUGAAUACCACAAGGACUUUGUCAUCAACGAGGAUCACCAAUGGCUGCUGCAGGGGUGGAAGGGUCGCAUCCUCUUGGCUCACUCAACAUGGGAGGCAGACGGUGGUAGCUCCCACUGUUAACUGUAGUAUUUUCCUACAGUUGAACAUAAGCAGAUAUGAUAUUAGUACUAUACUGUUUGUGGUGUGGUUUAUGCUCUCAACCUGAAAGAUGCAUUUGACACAUCCAAUACUUAUCUGACAGCUUGAAUCAUUUUCGUAGCUCUUUUCUUGUACUCAACUGUGUAAGAUAAAUAUAUAGAGAGUUGUGUGUUGUUUGAACUAGUUGCAUACUCGUUUUAUUGUUUGAUGCAGAGUUUUGGAUGUUCACAGGAACCAUCUGAACUCUCUGUCAUGGCCUGAUGGAUUUGUGUGACCCUGGUAAGG